GGCCCUGAUAUAGGUCACAGCAUACGGAGAUGGCUUCCCCAGAGAAAGUGGCACAGUUUUGGGAUGAGGGUUAUACCAUCCUUGAGAACUUCUUGUCAGAGGAAGAAUGUGAUGCCCUAAAAGCAGAAUGCCAUGAUGUUAUUGACAAGAUGGAUCCCAAGGAACACCACACUGUAUUUUCUUGUACAGGUCAUGAACAGCUAAAAGAAGAUUACUUUCUGACAAGUGGAGACAAGGUUAGGUUUUUCUUUGAAAAGGGGGCAUUUGAUGAGAAAGGUGAACUUGUAGUGGACAAACAAAAGUCCCUGAACAAGAUGGGACAUGCCUUGCAUGCUCUCUGUCCAACAUUUCGAAAGGUCACUUUCAGCGAGAAGAUGAGGGAAGUUGUGAAGAAUAUAGGAUAUGAAGAUCCAGUGAUAUGCCAGAGCAUGUACAUAUUCAAGAAUCCUGGCAUUGGAGGAAUAGUCACUGCACAUCAAGACUCCUGGUUUCUAAACACAAAGCCAUUGAAACUUAUGGGUGUCUGGAUUGCUCUGGAAGAUGCAACUUUGGAAAAUGGUUGCCUGUGGUUCAUCCCUGGUUCACAUAAAGAGGGCAUCACUGAUAACUACAGGAUGAUAAGAAAUCCAGACAAAGAUGGCCCUCCAUUGAAGUUCACUGGGGCAGAGCCGAAGUAUGAUGAUAGUAAAUUCAUUCCAGGGCCUGUCAAAAAAGGAACUGCUGUGCUCAUUCAUGGGGAAGUGGUUCACAAGAGUAACCCUAAUAAUUCAGACAAGUCCCGGGAGAUCUACACUUUCCAUAUAUAUGACCAGAAAGGAACUGAAUAUAGCAGCAUCAACUGGUUGCAGCCUUCUGAGGAGAUGCCUUUUCCACAUCUUUACACUUUCAGUUAAACAAUUGAAAUUUUUCCUAAUUAAAGUCAUAAUUAUGACAAUCAAUCAAACAUACCAAUUAUUAUAUACCAAAAAUGCGACAAGACUGAUCAUCUCAGAGGCAGGAAGUAUUUGUACAAUCAGGAAGAAUAAUUCACAAAUUGUCGCACAGGUGCACAUAAUUUAUUAUUAAAGUAUUAAGCAUAGGGAAUGCUUUAUAAUCAGGGUUACGUGUUACACUAGCUUAUAUUAAUAUGUAUUAAAAUUAGAGAAAUAAAAAAAUAUGAAUGUU